UUGAACAUUCACCAAAGGUCCCUGGAAGCGGCGGGUCUCGAGAUUUGCGGUGCUGGGAGCAGUGUUCCUCAGGGACAACCCAGCAGUGCGGGUUCCGUAGGUUCUGCACCUAGUCCGGCGUCACCUCGACCUACUGGACAGUCGAGACCUCCCUUGUCGACGACGACGUCGCAACCUUCGAGAACCUUAGACGACGACCGAUCCACCGACGCCGCAGGUGCUGGUACCGCGGCAGAGGACUCGGACGAUGGAGAGAGCAGAGCCCAAUACGUGAACGCGAACUGCGUGGUGUUCACCCACUACAGAGGGGAUGCAGCAUCCGAGGUGGAGGAACACUUCCAGAGGGCCCUGGCUCACGACAAGCUCAAAGAGAACAUCUCCCCGAUGUCUACGAGGAACUUUCCCCCGUCCUUCUGGAACAGCCACCCGAGCGACGUUUACGACUAUUCCUCGGAUCCCUGGCACUCGCACUACCCGCCGUACCAUCACAGAGCUGUGCACGAGUACCACCACCACAACAUGGCGGCCGCAGCGAGUUACGGUGGUCUGUUGUUGGGUGGUGCCAGGAGCCUAGGACACCACACAUCCCACCACGCGGCCCACCAUGCGCACGCCGCGGCCUCCUACAAGGAUUGGACGUCGGCGACGCCGUCGCAAUCCCUCGUCGACGCGUCCUCGGCGCCCCCCUACCCCCACGGUUCCUACGCACCCCUGUCCGGUUUGGAAUCGCAGGUCCAAGACUCCAAAGACAUGUUCUGGUUCUAGAAGCGGAUCCCGCAACCUCGUUGGCCAAACUGAUUGGCGACCUGCGAAUUCCGCGGAUUAGCGGAUCCGCGAUUGCCUCGCAAUAAGUCGGUCCUAUGAAGGAAGGAGAAGAGAAGAAACUCGAAAAAGGAUCUCGAGCUCGUCCUCGAAGGACCGACGGACAAUCGGCAGAGUGCGGAGGCUGCGGAAACGUCGAAUUUCGAAUUUGGUUCCUAGGUGGCCGCGGUGGGGCAUCCCGAGGGCGAGUCCCGGUGAAACCUGACGAAACUUUGUUAUACUGUUGAAUAAUAAUGAGAGUAAUCAUUGGACGAGUGUUGAAGUGUACAUAGUGUUACCUAAAUCUUUUAAGGGUCUACUGUUAGUGAUAAACUAGCGUUAGAAUCCGCGCGCACUAUUACCUUAGUGACUGCUGGCCGAUGCUGAAAGAAACCUCUAGUUCAUAGCGAGUAGGACAUAGACUUAAAGGGUGUCUAUUUUUUCCAAAUAAUUACGAGAUCAGCUUUCAUUACUAUUAGCGAUUAGUCGAUUAUCAAUUACCCAUUACUGUUCGCUCGCCUUAACCGAUUGGCAUCAGAGUCAUCGAGCUGCGUUCGUGCAUCUGAAACGAGCAGAGAAAUUUUUCAAAGAUUAUUAAACAGUCAGCCUGUCUGUA